AUGGGAUAUGACAUCACUUUUAAAGAACCUUUAAGAGAAGAUUUCCUGUGUGUUAUUUGUGAUUUGGCAUUACGAGAACCAAGACAGUCAAUAUGUGGACAUCGAUUUUGUCACACCUGUAUUGAAAGCAAACUAAGUGAUGUGGACAACUUCCAAUGUCCCCUUCCUGAUUGUGGAUACGUAUUGAUAAGAGACAAAAUAUUUUGUGACAUGUUUGUGACAAGGGAAUUACAACAACAAGUUGUAGUAUGUCGAUGCACAUGGGAAGGUUUGUUAAAAGACCUUGAUAACCACUGGAGAGACUCCUGUAUUCAGAGUGAAGUGGCCUGUACAAACGUUGGAUGUAACACGUGUCUACAAAGGAAAGAUUUAGAAAAACAUUUACAAGAAAACUGUUCCAUGAGAAAAAUGAGCUGUCAACACUGUGGUGAUAUGUUCACUUUCAAUAAUUUACAGGAUCAUAUGUUAUAUAGCUGUCAAAGUAUACCCACUGCCUGUCCAUAUAACUGUGCUAUUACUGAUAAUGUUGUUCCUAGAAACCAGCUUGAUGAUCAUAUUGCACACUGUCCACUUGCACCAUGUCAUUGUCAGUUUUCUGAAAUUGGAUGUACUUACAAGAAAGAAAUGCAGGGUGCUAAUUGA